AAAGUAUUAUCGUUAAAAAUUAGCUUCUAGAUUCAAUAUUCAAAUUUGGCUAUAUAAAGGCAUGGCAAAUUGCCUGCUUUGCUUAGAUCAUAAGCCACGAGCAAUUAUUAUCGAAAGCUUUUUCAGCUCAGUACUGCUGCAUAAGAUUAGCACAACUCAAAAGAAGAUGCCUUGCCUUUACAUCUCAACUAACAUCAACUUGGAUGAGGUAGACACUGAUCCCAUCUUCUCCGAAGCAACCAAAGCCGUCGCCUCCAUCAUCGGAAAACCCGAAAAUUUCGUGAUGGUCAUUCUUAAGGGAUCAGUGGCAAUAUCAUUUAACGGGAACAAGGAGCCAGCUGCGUACGCUGAGGUGGUCUCAAUGGGCGGCAUGAAUGGAGAGGUGAAGAGGAGGUUGAUUGCCACACUGGGCACAAUUUUACAGAACAAGUUGUGUAUUCCCAGAACGCGAUUUUUUCUCAAAGUUUAUGAUACAACAGCCGGUCGCAACGUCUCCAAAAUAUAAUUCCUUAACCUUAAAUAUGCAUGUUUACAAUUUAAGUAGAUGGUUUCCAGUUUCUGUAUCAUUUUAAACGGCCCUAGCGAUGGACUAAUAAAUACAGUAUUCAACUAUCGUCCAAUACAAACAAAUUAUACUUUGAUGCACUGCUUUAUAUAUACUUUGAUGGAAAAUCAUGAGCCACUCCAUGUGUAGCAUGCAUGAGGCUGAGGGCUUUGGUAGGGUCACAAAUUACUCAAAUUCCUCCAGUCUCCCGCAGCCUUGUAGCUUUGCUCCUGAGUCGACCAUUAGCUAGGUUUUGUUUUUCAUUUUGAAGAAAACCAAAUAUUAGUACACUUAUUAGGAUAAAAAAUUUAAUCAUGUAA